CCCGCUUUCAGUGAUGGCGGCUGCUGAUCUGAGUAAUGAUCUAACCUGCUCCGUGUGCUUGGAGACUUAUAGAGAUCCUGUAACGUUGCUGUGUGGGCAUAACUUCUGCAAGGACUGCAUUGCGAAAACAUGGCAAACACAAAAAGAUUAUUUGGGGGAGGAUCCUUCCUGCCCUGAAUGCAGACAGACAUAUAGAAAAGAGCCUACACUAAAUAGAAAUGUCACGCUGCAUAACAUAGCAGAGCAGUUCCGUCCUGAGCACACAAAAUGCUCUGCACACAAUGAGCACCUAAAGUAUUACUGCUGUGAGGAUGGUGCUUGUAUCUGUGAGUCCUGCCGCCAGUUUGGAGAUCACAAGGGUCACAGGGUGGAGGGGCUGAAUGAAGCAUCUGAGAAGCAAAAAGAGAAACUGAGAAAUGUUCUGAAGAAAUUAACCCCAGAGAGAGGGGAGACAGAGCGACAAGUCCAGAGGCUGCAGGAGUGCAAGAAAGAAGUGGAAGAAAAAGUAGCCGGUGAGAGAGAGAGAGUCACCGCUUUGUUUAAGGACAUCAGCGAAAGGUUAAAAGCCCUAGAGAAGCAAAAUCUGGAUGAAAUCUCAAAGCAAGGAACGAAACUUUCACUCCCUUUUACUGAUCUGAUCCAGCGACUGGAUGAAAAAAAGAGUAAGCUGUCAACAAAGAUUGAUAACAUUAAGUAUCUGUGCAACAUGGCAGAUCCACUAACUUUUUUGCCGGCACAGGGAUCAGAUGUUGCUGCCUUACUUUGUGUUGACAGUGAAGAUUAUGAGGGCAGAGAGAGAGAUGGUCUAAAGGUCCCUGUAGUAGGGGAUUUGGAUCUGGAUCUGAUCCCAGAUACAUUACUUGCAGGCCUAGCUAAAAUUAUGACUGUUGUAAAAGGAUGGAGAAUCUAUGGGAAGAAGGCUACAAACAUGUUAAUGGAUUUAAACACAACUGGGGAUAAUGUGCAGGUUUCCAGGGACGGGAAAUCUUUAUCUUACACAAAUACAGACCAGCAUUACCCACCAAAACCAGAGAGAUUUCACAUUUCUCAGGGUUUAAGCUUCACAAGUUUCUCCUCAGGGAGACAUUACUGGGAAGUGGAAGGCAGUGAAUCAGGUCACUGGAAGGUAGGGGUAGCUUAUCCCAGUAUAAAGAGGAAUGGGGGUGAGUCCUUUCUUGGGGAUAAUAAGAAGUCCUGGUGUUUGUGCAGAUGGGAAAAUAUCUAUUCAGUGACUCACAACAAUGAAUGGACACAUUUGUCUCAUGUUCCUACAUGUGGGAGAAUAAGAAUCUCACUGGACUAUGAGGCUGGAUGUCUGUCCUUUUAUGAGCUGAGUGAGUCAGUCAGACACUUGCACACCUUUGCUGGCACCUUUACAGAGUCCCUUCAUGCUGCAUUCUGGGUUUGGGGAGAUACCUGGGUCAGAAUCGUUAGUUAGGGCACUAACCACUGCCGUGCCAGAAAUACCAUUCCUAGGUAUGGAAACUGUUAUCCAGAAUGUUUGGGACCUGGGGUUUCCAGGAUACGAGAGCUUUCCGUAAUUUAGA